UCGGCACGUCAGUAACGGUUUGUGUUCAGCUGAAGUGAUGCGUAUGAAGAAUAUGAGUAGGAUUUUCGUUACGUAUUGGCAACAGUUUGUACGUGCAUGUAUAUGAACAGUGACGACUAGUGUAGGAAGGUGAAACUAUUUAACAAGUACCCCGAACCCGAGAUGCGAAAGUCGAAUAAACAGAAGAAUGAGACAAAACGAUCGCUUCUCCAGAAGGAUUUGAAUGAAACCCCAGCGUCAUUGAACACUAUUGGAAAGAUUCAUCUGUCAUUAUUAAACAGCGGUCUACUUCCAGUGACGGAUGAAGCAAAGAUCACUUCACUCAUUCCCAAAUCUCCUAUCGAAUUAUCCAAAUUUCCAAAGCAUUUGGAGUUAUUGAGGAAAUAUGAUGUACUCUUACGCGCUGAGUUUCAAGUUGCAACAAAAGGGGAGUCUCACAGUAUGAGGCAUGGCUCAAAACCAGCCAAUGAGAGGAAAAACAGUUUCAAAAAACUUGUUCCUUAUGAUUAUAACAGGGUCGUUUUAGAACCACUUCCUGACAUCCCUAACUCAGAUUACAUCAACGCAUCUUAUAUUGACAGUAUGUUAAAACCGAACGCUUAUAUCGCAACUCAAGGUCCGAAUGAGACGACAGUUGUUGACUUUUGGCGAAUGGUGUGGGAACAAAACACUUAUGUUAUCGUGAUGUUGACAAAAGUGUUUGACUUUAUAAGAGUUAUGUGUGUUCAGUACUGGCCUUCCGAACUUCACCAUCCUGAAUGUUACGGAGAUCUGGAACUGACCCUUUUGUCCGAGGAAAAUUUAGCUAACUUCGUUAUUCGUACAGUUCAUAUCAAGAAGAACGGGAACGAACGAGAAAUUACACAGCUCCAUUUUACCAAUUGGCCUUCCCACACUGUGCCAUUUCCCAGUGCUUUACUGGAGUUUCGACGAAGAGUACGAGUUUACAUGGACCAGUAUCCGGACGUUGGGCCCCCUAUCGUUCAUUGCAG